AUGACGAGAAUCACCAACCACGGGAGAAAGCGAAAAUAUAACGAAGCACAGUUCAACAAAUACUUUGAUGGGGAUGAGAAUGCGGAAAACAGCGAGGGUCCUCCCAAAAAGAAGAAGCUCAAGUACGACAAGGCGGCUAGAAUGGAAGCUAAAAUGGAAAAAUCGAAACUUAUGGGGCAUAAAACUGGGGGGUGGGGUCGCUCAGAUGCGAUAAAGGCGAGUGCUGCCGCAUCUGAAAGUCGUCGACAACGAAGAAUAAACGAGAGAAUGGCGGAAAAGACGUGUUUUGCCUGUCGACAAAAGGGACAUGCGGCAAAGGAUUGUCCCUCGAACAGCGAGCUGGGUGAAAAGCGACCGGUGACUGGAAUUUGCUACAGAUGCGGCGCUACCAAGCACACGCUCGCCAAAUGCCGAAAACCCAUCGACGAAGCCAACCCGUUACCGUUUGCCUCUUGCUUUAUCUGCAAAGGAAAGGGACAUCUAGCAUCUUCCUGCCCUCAGAAUGAGAAAGGCAUCUAUCCGAAUGGAGGGUCCUGCAAGCUUUGCGGUCAAACAGACCAUCUGGCACGGGCUUGUCCAUUGCGAUCAACUGCAGCUCCUGCAGAAGGCGUGCUCUUUAAUGCGGAUGGCACCGUGGACGCCCCUGGCGCUGACGAGGACGACUUUAUGGUGCUCAAACGCAAGUCUGUUCAGUUGAAUAAGGAUGAACAGGCACACAAAAAGCACAAGUCGACAUCAGCCACUGUGACUGCACCAAAGGCUAUUGGCCCACACGAGGCCUUUACCAAAAACUUGGAUCCAACGACAACACCGUGGGCCAUGUCUCUGCGCUCGAUCCUCCCCGUUCUCCGCGGCCAAUGCACGUCUAGGACGUUCUCUACGACGUCUCGUGUUGCGACGCGCACUGGCUCUCCCUUUGCCAACGUCGCCAACGCUCGUUCAAAGGCCUUGGUUCGACCUUCGUCACGCGGUUUCGCCACGGACAGCGGUGCAUCCAAGGGCUCGGGAAUAAACGUCUGGAUUGCUUUGCUCGGUAUUGCCGGCGCUGGUGGUGCCUAUUACUUCUACACCAACCCCAAGGAGGCCGAAACCGCGCUCAAGUCUGGAACGCAGUCUGCAAAGGCCGCUGCUGGCUUCACGCCAAAGCUUGAGGACUAUCAAAAGGUCUACAACACGGUCGCCGAACUCCUUGACGAGGCCGGCGAUUAUGACGAUGGCUCAUAUGGCCCCGUUCUCGUCCGUCUUGCGUGGCACGCCAGUGGAACGUACGACAAGGAGACGAAUACUGGUGGCAGCAACUAUGCCACGAUGCGCUUCGCGCCCGAAUCUUUGCAUGCGGCUAACAACGGUCUCGCCAUUGCCCGCGGUGUGCUCGAGCCCGUAAAGCAAAAGUAUCCUUGGAUCAGCUAUGGUGACCUUUGGACUCUGGCCGGUGUUGCCGCCAUCCAGGAGGCUUCAGGACCGAAGAUCCCCUGGCGUGCUGGUCGCAUUGAUGGUUUCGAAAAGGACGUAACUCCUGAUGGACGUCUCCCCGACGCUACUCAGGGUGCUGAUCAUCUCCGGAACAUCUUCUAUCGCAUGGGCUUUAGCGAUCAGGAAAUUGUCGCUCUCUCUGGUGCUCACGCCCUCGGUCGUUGCCACACAGAUAGGUCUGGUUUCGAAGGCCCUUGGACUUUCUCGCCGGUCACCUUCUCCAACCAAUACUUUGCCUUGCUCUGGAACGAGAAGUGGCAAUGGCGCAAGUGGAACGGACCCAAGCAACUCGAGGACAAGAAAACUAAGAGCUUGAUGAUGUUGCCGACCGACUACGUUCUCGUCACCGACAAGUCCUUCAAGAAAUGGACCAAGGCUUAUGCUGAUGACGAGUCUGUUUUCUUCAAAGAUUUCUCUGCAGCCUUCUCUCGUCUCCUCGAACUAGGUGUCCCCACUACCCAAUGGGUCACCCAGACUCCAUGGGAACUCAAGACACUUGCGGAGCAAGAAGAGAAGAAAUAA